AUUUUAAUCCUCCUGUUCAUUCACGAGAACGGACUUGUGUGGAAGCAGUUUGAAAAGACUGCUUAAUAUAAUAAUUUUUUUGUAUUGUUUAUUAAUAACAGUAUGUCGAAAGUAAAUACGUUGUACAAUUAUUUCACGUCACCGAAAACUCCUAAACAACCAGCUAAUAAACCUGUGAACGAUCAGAAACCUUCAACGCCGAAAACGUCGAAAACUCCUAAAACACCGAAAACACCGAAGGAACAAAGGAACAAAGCCAAAACUCCCAGCAAAGGGAAAGAAAACAGGAAUGCUGAGGAUAAAAAAAGAAUUUAUGAAGAUGAUGAAGAAGAAGAGAAAGAUAAGGAUGAGCCACGACAACUCAAAAAAAGAAGACUAGUUAUUUCAGAUGAAGAAUCUGGGGAAGAUUCUGGAGAUGAGUUCAAACCUGGUCCACAGGAUGGAUCAGAGGAUUCUGAUUCUGGCAGUGAAGGAGAACCUGAGACUGAGCCAGAGACACAGAGUGAAGAAGAAUCUCCAGUGAAAAAACAGAAGGCAUCUAACAGCACAAAGAGAAAAGCUGCAACCCGCUCAAAGAUUAAUAAUAAAGCAGAUAAGAAAGAAUCAAAACCAUCUCCGCAAAUUCAAGCUCAAGGCUCUAGUAAUCAUGUGGAAUCCUGGCCGCAUUUGAAAUAUGAUUUCCUUCAACCAAACAAAAUAAGGGACAUCAAUAGAAAACCACUAGGAGAUCCAAAUUAUGAUCCAAAAACUGUCUAUGUUCCUUUGGACUUCUUGAACCAGCAGACUCCAGCAAUGAGACAAUGGUGGGAGUUAAAAAGUAAACAUUUUGACUGUGUCCUGUUCUUUAAAGUAGGGAAGUUUUAUGAGUUGUAUCAUAUGGAUGCUGUUACUGGAGUGAAGGAACUUAAUCUUACAUAUAUGCGAGGUGAAUUUGCACAUUCCGGUUUUCCCGAAAUCGGGUACGGUCGUUUCUCAGCGAGUCUCAUAGAAAGAGGAUACAAAGUAGCUAGAGUAGAACAAACAGAGAACCCAGAGAUGAUGACACAACGCUGCAGUAAAAUGACUAAACCCUCGAAAUUUGACAAAGUUGUUAGAAGGGAAAUUUGCCAGAUAAGUUCUAAAGGUACAAGAGUAUACACUCCACAAGAUGUAGAUGCUUCAACGCCGAAUUCCCAUUAUCUAAUGUCUCUCGUUGAAAAAUGCCCGGCUGGUGCAACUGCGUCCCAUUAUGGCGUGUGUUUCAUCGAUACAACAAUAGGAGAUUUCUAUCUUGGCCAAUUUGAGGAUGAUCGUUGCAAUUCUAGGAUACUGACCUUGCUUGCUCAUUAUCCACCUGUUCACGUUGUAUACGAACGCGGUAAUUUAUCUCAGAAAACGUUGCAAAUAUUAAAUAAUACUUUAACAACGUGUAUCAAAGAACCGCUUCUGCGCGAGACUCAAUUCUGGUCAUCUUCGACUACAUUAAAAAAUCUUCAUGAAGGAGAAUACUUUAAAAACUCUGAUUCUGGUUUUUCGUGGCCUGCAGGUUUACAACCGUAUCUUAAUGAAGGUGACAAUUUAGGUUUAACUCCAGCCGAUGACAAAGAAUUAGCAGUGUACGCUUUAGGAGGAUGCGUGUACUUGCUCAAAGACUACUUCCUCGAGCAACAGUUGUUGGCACAAGCACGCUUUAAAUCGUACAUACCGCCGGACUUCUCCAGUCAAUCAUCGGGGGCUACUAAGUUUGCAAAUAAUAUGGUUUUAGAUGCCAUCACUAUAAACAAUUUGAGAAUCUUCGGCGAAGGCUCUUUGAUGAAAACGUUAGAUCGCUGUUGUACUCCAUUCGGAAAAAGGUUAUUACGCGAAUGGAUCUGCAGACCUUCUUGUCGUAAAAAUGUCAUAUUAGAACGACAACAAGCUAUACAAGAGCUGAUGGACCGUUCUGAAGUGGUACAGACUGCCCGCGGCAUGUUAGCUGGUCUUCCAGACCUUGAGAGACUGUUAAGCAAAAUUCAUGCUCACGGAAAUCCAGCAAGAAUGAAUAAUCAUCCCGAUGGUAGAGCCAUUAUGUUUGAGGGCCCAACGUACUCUAAAAGACGAAUUUCAGACUUCACUACUACCCUCAGUAGCUUUGAGGAUGUCUUAAAAAUAGUUUCAUUGUUUGAAGAUUUUAGUUGCAAUUUAAUAGCUCGUUGCGUCAAACUGGAACCGGACGGUGAAUUUCCUUCGUUAAGAGAAAGUUUGGAUUACUUCAAGACUGCAUUUGACCACGAUGAAGCAAAGAAGGAAGGCUGUAUCGUUCCAAAAAAAGGGGUCGAUCCCGAAUACGAUUCUGUUUUGAUGGAGCUUGCUGAAGUGAAGAAAGACCUAGAACGGUAUCUUGAUAAGCAGAGACAGCAUUUCGGGGUGAAAGUCACGUUCCAUGGGACGGAUAGGAAGCGUUAUCAGAUCGAGAUCCCGGAAUCGCAGGUGAAGAAAGUUGGACCUGGAUACGAGUUACAGUCGCAGAGGAAAGGGUUUAAACGUUAUUAUACCACUGAGGCGAAGCAACUUCUGAGUCGACAAACAAAUGCCGAGGAGCAUAGAAAUAAAGUUUUGAAAGAUAUAAACAGAAGGAUAUUCGCUCAAUUCAGUGAGAAGUACGAAAUGUGGAACACGGCAGUUUAUAAACUGUCCAUCUUGGACGUUCUCAUUGCCCUGUCAGAAUACGCUCUCAGCGGAGAUAUGUGUGUACCUGAAAUCGACGAAGGCUCUGAUGGAAAUAUAUUUAUUGAUAUAAGAGAAGGUAAACACCCAAGCAUAGCAUCAGACAAUUUUAUACCUAAUGAUACUUUGUUGGCUGUUGACGAUACCGCUUCGUUUGUGAUUUUAACUGGACCAAAUAUGGGCGGUAAAUCCACGUUGAUGCGGCAAGUCGCGCUUCUCACAAUAAUAGCGCAAAUAGGAUGCUACGUUCCUGCUCGUUCCUGUCGUCUAACGAUAGUGGAUCGUAUUUUCACACGGUUAGGAGCAAACGAUGAUAUUCUGGCUGGUCAGAGUACCUUUUUGGUGGAGUUAAGCGAAACUUCCGCUAUAUUGCAGCAUGCUACGCCGUAUUCGUUGGUCUUGCUGGACGAACUGGGUCGUGGUACGUCGACUUACGAUGGAACCGCAAUAGCCGCAGCGGUCGUAGACGCGUUGACAAAGUUGAAAUGCCGGACGUUAUUUUCCACGCACUAUCAUUCUCUGGUAGAAGAUUACAAGAAUAAGCAGGAUGUUACUUUGGCUCAUAUGGCGUGUAUGGUCGAGAAUGAGGAAGAGGACGAAGUGUCCCAAGAAACUGUGACAUUCUUGUACAAGCUCAUCGAAGGCGCUUGUCCCAAGUCAUACGGUUUCAAUGCAGCCCGAUUAGCCGGCGUGCCACCUGUAAUUACGAGCCGAGCACACGAGAUUUCAAAAAGGCUGGAACUGGAAACGAAUCGUAAACACUUAUUCGUUGCUCUGUGCAAGGCGGAUGGACCAGCAAUAAGGGACAUAAUUGCUACAAUGUAAAAGCAUUACAGUUUAUUAUUUAUAGUUACGCUACAGUAUUACGUUGUCUUU